CGCGGCGCGGGCGGGAGGGCGCGGCGGGGGGCGGGGGGCGCGGGCGGCCCCUCCCCCUGCCCUGCUCGGGGCGGCCGCCGGGAGCCGCCGGAGUUUCGGCGCCCGGGAGGGAGAUGCGGCCGCCGCUCGGGCUCCUUGCAGAUCUCUAAGCAGCAGGAUGCUGGUGCGGCAUUCAGGAUGGCCCCGCUGGACGCCGAGCUGGAGCACAUCGUCCCGCCCUGGGUCCUGGCCCCCUGCUGGGCCAGGUGCCUGGUGGCCUGCGUGUCCCUCCUGUGCUUUGCACGGAGCUACGAUGGAGACUUCGUCUUCGACGACUCUGAGGCGAUCGUGAACAACAAGGACCUCCGCGCCGAGACCCCUCUCAGGGACCUGUGGCACCACGACUUCUGGGGCAGCCGGUUGAGCAGCAAUGCCAGCCACAAGUCCUACCGGCCACUCACCGUGCUGACCUUCAGGAUUAACUACUGCCUCUCCGGAGGGUUCCACCCUGCCAGCUUCCAUGUGGUCAACAUCCUCCUGCACGGGGCCGUCUCGGUGCUGCUGCUGGACGUGUACUCGGUGCUUUUCGGGGGGCUGCAGUACUCGGGCCGGGGCCGCCGACUGGACCUGGCCCCCCGCGCCUCGCUGCUGGCCGCCCUGCUCUUCGCCGCACACCCAGUGCACACGGAGUGUGUGGCCGGUGUGGUGGGCCGAGCAGACCUGCUGGGUGCCCUCUUCUUCCUCCUGUCUUUCCUGGGCUACUGCAAAGCUUUCAGAGACAGUCACAAGGAGGGAACACACCGCACGUGCUGGGUGCUGCUGAGUGUCCUCCUGGGGGCCGUGGCCAUGCUGUGCAAGGAGCAAGGGAUCACCGUGCUGGGCUUGAAUGCCAUCUUUGACAUCUUGGUGAUAGGCAAAUUGAACAUUCUGGAAAUCAUCCAGAAGCUACUGCACAAGAGCAAGUCGGUAGAGAACCUGGGCGCGCUCCGGAGUGGCGGUCUCCUCUCCAGGAUGGGCCUGCUGGCGGCAGGGGGUGCCGGGCUGCUGUACGUGCGCUGGACCAUGAUGGGCACCGGGCCGCCAGCCUUCACCGAGGUGGACAACCCCGCCUCCUUUGCCGACAGCAUGCUGGUCCGCGCCAUAAACUACAAUUACUACUACGCGCUCAGCGCCUGGCUGCUGCUCUGCCCCUGGUGGCUGUGCUUUGACUGGUCCAUGGGCUGCGUCCCCCUCAUCAAGUCCGCGGGCGACUGGCGGGUGGUGGCCCUCGCCGCCCUAUGGUUCUGCCUCAUCGGCCUCACAGGCCAGGCCCUGUGCUCGGGGGACAGCCACCGGAGAAGGGUGCUGACGCUGGGCCUGGGACUCCUGGUCAUCCCGUUCCUGCCCGCCAGUAACCUGUUCUUCCGCGUGGGCUUCGUGGUCGCCGAGCGCGUGCUCUACCUGCCCAGCGCGGGCUACUGCAUGCUGCUGACCUGCGGCUUCGGGGCGCUCAGCAAACACACCCGGAGGAAGAAACUCAUCGGAGCCCUCGUGCUGGGCAUCUUGCUGCUCAAUGUCCUGCGAUGCGUGGUCCGGAGCGGCGAGUGGCGCAGCGAGGAGCAGUUGUUCAGGAGCGCCCUGUCCGUGUGUCCCCUGAACGCCAAGGUUCACUACAAUGUUGGCAAAAACCUGGCCGACAAGGGCAAUCAGACGGCUGCCAUCCGCUACUACCGGGAGGCCGUGAGGUUAAAUCCCAAGUACGUGCAUGCCAUGAAUAACCUCGGGAAUAUCUUAAAGGAAAGGAAUGAGCUGCAGGAGGCCGAGGAACUGCUCUCACUGGCCGUGCAGAUCCAGCCUGACUUUGCCGCCGCAUGGAUGAAUUUAGGGAUCGUGCAGAACAGUCUGAAACGGUUUGAAGCUGCUGAACACAGUUACCGGACGGCCAUCAAACACAGGAGGAAGUACCCAGAUUGCUACUACAACCUCGGGCGCCUAUACGCGGAUCUGAACCGCCACGUGGACGCCCUGAACGCCUGGAGGAACGCCACGAUGCUGAAGCCCGAGCACAGCCUGGCUUGGAACAACAUGAUCAUCCUCCUGGAUAAUACGGGGAACCUGGCCCAGGCCGAGGCCGUCGGGAGAGAAGCGCUGGGACUGCUCCCUAAUGAUCACUCGCUCAUGUUCUCACUGGCGAACGUUCUGGGGAAGUCGCAGAAGUACAAGGAAUCCGAAGCUUUAUUCCUCAAAGCAAUUAAAGCGCAUCCGAAGGCUGCGAGUUACCAUGGCAAUUUGGCCGUGCUCUAUCACCGCUGGGGUCAUCUCCACCUGGCCCAGAAGCACUACGAGAUCUCUCUGCGGUUGGAUCCCACUGCCUCCGGGACGAAGGAAAAUUAUGGGCUCUUGAGAAGAAAGCUGCAGCAGACGCAAAAGAAAGACGUCUGACACUCCCCCCACCCUAACCGUCCCCGUCUCCUACGAGAGAAAGACGUCGGACCCCUCUCUCCUGUGAGAGACAUUGGACCCC